AUGUUGUCAGCGAUCGGUGAAUUUUUCGGGCUUCCCGGAGUGAGUGACUUUGGUGACUUCGGUGACGCCAACAUGACGAGCGCAGCGGAGCUUGACAUGGCGAGCAAGCUGGGCGACGACUGCAAGUACUGGUCCAGCGAGUUGGCCAACAUUCCGUACAUCGAUCGCAGCACGUCCGGGUCGCUGCUCGAGCUGGACGAUGUUCCGCCGUCGUACGAGGAGUUCUAUUCGGCCAAGUUCACCCCGUCACCGGUGCAGGCGGUGGAUUUAUCGAGACUCGUCGCUACCUCAGCACCCAUCCAAAGUCACCCGACUGCCGCGGAAGCAUCGUGGCUGCGGACUGCCAACACCUCGGCGACGGUUCUGCAGCAGCCGUAUCCGAACGAGCUCGUCCUCGGAUCGCCAUCAUCCGGCGGCGGGUGUGACCAAACGUCCGCUGGCACCGGAUACGCAUCCACGACGAAACGCCAGCGUACAGCGUUCACCAGCUCGCAGCUUGUGCAGCUAGAGAAGGAGUUCCACUCGAACAGGUACCUGUGCCGGCCACGGCGCAUCGAGCUGACGCGCAAGCUGGCCCUUACCGAGCGCCAGAUUAAAAUCUGGUUCCAGAACCGGCGCAUGAAGCACAAGAAGGAGAGUUCCAGCGUGAAAGACGUCAGCCGGGCGAAGGGCUCGUGCCACUGUGCGGACGGCGAACCGUCGCUGUCCCCGAAGCUGUCCCCGAUGUCGCACUCUGCCGUGGCCGAAGAGGAUCGUAAUGGCCACCAGAGCAUCGUCAACCGGCUGAUGGCCCACUCGACGUACGCUCCGAAGCCGCCCGUCCAGACGUUCGCUAGUUUCGAUCAAGUGAACCUCAGCGCCAAGCCGGCGUUCCUUGGCCGGGGAAUGCUGUUCGGGAGCGACCCGCAACCUGCCCAGGGCGCACUGUUCGAGGAGUCUGCCCGAGAGGUGCUGCUCGGGCAGUCCGAUUUAAUCCUUUCCGGAGCCGACACCGGGACCGACGCGGAACUGAAGGACCUGGAAAGCUACACGUUCUUCCCUUCCAUCAUCCAGGCGCUCGAUUCCGGGAUGCUUCCGCUCCCAGGCUCGAACGCGGCGACACCGAUUGAUGAAUCACUCAAGGAACACUCCCAGAUGUCCAUGAUACUGUUGCCGGGGCCGACGGCAUCUUUCGGCGCCCCUGACGACGUCAAGCCUUUCGACGAAGCGUUCCCUCUACUGGCACCGGCCGGCCCUAAUCAGUGCCCGGAGCCAGGGGCAGCUGUUCCGGCCGCCGAUGGCAGCGGCAUCGUCAGUGUCAGUGCGGCACCAUCUGUCACUAUUCAGUGGGGCAACGCUGGCCACCAAAAGCAUGACCACCAACUCCACCACCGGCCCGCCACUGGGUAUUCGGCCAACAAAACCAACAACAAUGGCACCAAUAGCAGCGUCAUCUCAACCACUCCAGCCCAUCAGCAGCACCUUCCGUCAUCAAUUAAACAGCACGGGAACGUCGCCACUAAAAUACUGUGCGGCGCAGCGAACGGCGGUGGCGAAGUGUUCCUGGAUCUGUAG